UUAAAGGAUGAUCUAUUUGCGCUAAAAUACGACAGCAGUGGCGACCGAACCUAGUUUGUAUCGGUGUAGAUUAUUUGUGAAGUGACGAUGACAGGGGUGUUAGUAAGAGCAAGGGCAGAAGGACAUGCAGUUGUAUAGCGGUACUAAAAUAAAUCAGAUUUAAUCGUCAAUACGAGUGUGCCGCGAGUGCUAUUAGCUUCGUUUCAGUUGAAUAAUCAAUGGAAUCCUUUCUUCUGCAGCUGUACCAUUGCGAAAAACGCUUGCUCUUGUAGCUGCUGUAUACCAUCUGUCUGAAAGUUGGCUGGAGAGAGGGCAAGGAAUACAAGGUUUGGUAUUACUGCAACAGUGACAGUUUUACGUUGUUGUGUGGCUGAGUUUAACAAUGCAGAGUACUCCGGGAAACUUCAGCGGCGGUUACGAGUUAGACACCCUGCCGAAUUUUCAACCUGCAAGACCGUGGUUUAAUCGGGAAAAGUUCAAUUUUGACUCCUGGAGCGCAGAACAACCAGACUUGAUGCUCUCGGGCUUGUAUAAGUUAAGCCUUGUAUCAAAAAUGCGCAUAUUUACCAUCAUGCUCUUCGUGAUCGUGCUUCCUUCAGUUAUUGUUUUUUGCAUCUGUCUUUACAAGGAACGAAAACGGAAGAGGUCACUACUGAUGGUUCCAUUAGACGACAGGUGGCAAACUCUAUCGGAAAUGGGACUUCCUGAUGCGUUAAUGAGGAAGUCAACUCGAACGAAAAUGUCGUACGAGUUCGCGCAUUCGUCAAGAACGGGUUCUUCCGACCGCAGCCAGCCGGAUCUGGGUUUCCGUUCCAACGGUGAAAAACGAGUUUCUUUUCCUUUGGAGGAAAUCCCAUAGCGGCAGUGGUAAAACAAGGCGCUGAACGAUAAGGUCGAUGAAUGGAUUAACGUAUCGUUGUCCAACAACCCCCGCGGAUGCAAUACAAUGAUCCUGUAUUGAUCAUUAAUCAAUGAUCACUUGAUUGAACCGUUAGCAGAACAUUGAUUAACACUAACGCGACAGCAACCAGCACGAUCUCGUCUAGCACUUGGCACACCAUAAGAUAAACUGCGUAUUUUUAUGUUUUUGAACUCAUUUUAUCCAGAUCAUCCAGUCAAAGUGUAACUUUUAUGUUAAUUGAACUGUUCGUUUCUGGUCGUUUUCAGUCUUUAUAUGGAGACCUCCAGGCCCUCGCGUUAUCUAGGCUCCUUGUCAAAAUGGUUAGCGCGCAUGCCUCUAACCAAGAAGGCUCGUGCUGCUACUAUUAUGGGCGUAUGUUUCCUUGGGAAAAGACACUUAACGGCGAUUACUUGUCCAAAUUGUCAGCCAUAGAAAAAAAUAUAAUCUACCACAAAGUAACAUACGUGGUAACUCGUAAGCUGACACGUGGUGCAAGUUACUUUUAUUCAAUCUAGAUAAAGUGGUUUCCGUGAGUUUUUUUCUUUUUAAGCUUGAACUCGUUUAUGAUUUAUUGUUUAUGUGGCUCCAUACAUAUUUCAAUCGUUUAGAUUUUCAUAAUCCAUUGUAUGGCCAAUCGAAAUUAAAGUUUGAAAGAUGAAAGGGUAAUUUGAACCGUUGAAUCCAUGACAUCCCGUGAUCAUCGAUGGUUUCCCAUGAGAUUCAAUCAGAUAAUGCGAUUUUCUACAGUAAUUGACCGGUACUCAUGAUCAAUGGUGCUUACAUGCCAUUUACGAAAGGUCGUAUAUAAAAAUCAAUAAAAAAAUCGUAAAAUUGA